CUUUCCCAACAAACCAUAAUAUACGCGGUCCAAAUCAGCCCGAAUAAAUGCCCCCAUUCUCACUUUAGGGUUCCAAACCAUCCUUCUCUGUUUCUCUGCUCUAUCUGGUUUAUGAUGCACUCUUCAAUCCCUUAUUAGUUCACUGGAAAAGUUGUGUGCUUUUUAUUCAAGUCUUGUUGAGAGGGUUUGAGUUUUUGGGAGUUCUUGAAUUUCUUGGUUUUCAUCCUGUUGUUGAUCAAUUCUAGUUUUUUGUGCCAAUUUUUACUAGACAUUUUGGGAUUCUUGAAACCCAUAGUUGGAUUGAGUUCUUGCUUUGGACUUUAUGUGUUUGUUGUUUUGCCAGACGGAAUGAGCUCUCUUGUGUAGACUGUCUGGGUCUGUAAGGGUUUGAUCGAAAAGUUUGUGUCUUUCCAUUCACUUUUCCGCAUAUUGUCAGUUGAUCUUUCUUCGGAUUUGUCCAAUUCGAUAUUUUCUUUAUCUGGGUUUGAGAAAUGCCAGCUACUGAUUACCAAGGGGCGUCAGCAUCCUUCACGAACUUGGGGCGUUCCCUUCUGGCCAUACGCCGUGAUCAGGUUCACUCAAUGGAGACUGCCCAGGAGGGAACCAGCCAAGAACACGAACUCGAAGCUUUCCAGACGCACGUGGCCGAGCGGUUCAACAGCUUGUUGGCUGCGGAUUCCAAUGAUUUGCUCUCUAUUCCCUGGAUUGGGAAGCUGCUUGAUGGUUUUCUCUGUUGCCAAGAGGAAUUCAAGGCCAUUCUCUUUAACUACCAAGGUCUCUUGAAUAGAGCUCCUUUGGAUAAAUAUGUGUCUGAAUAUUUUGAGAGGAGCGUGAAGGCUUUGGAUGUCUGCAAUGCCAUUCGAGAUGGACUGGAGCAGAUCAGACAGUGGCAGAAGCAGUUGGAGAUUGUGCUUUGUGCGUUGCAGAAUCAUAGAUGUCUUGGAGAAGGCCAAUUCCGUCGGGCCAAGAAAGCCUUGAUUGAUUUGGCAAUUGGGAUGCUUGAUGAGAAAGAGUCUAAUUCAACUGUUGCCCAUAGAAACCGUUCAUUUGGGCGGAACAAUAUGCAGAGGGAUAACAAGUCUUUGGGCCAUUUUAGGUCACUCUCAUGGAGUGUUUCUCGGAAUUGGUCUGCUGCUAGGCAGCUACAAGCCAUUGGUAACAAUUUAGCUGCUCCCAAAAGCAAUGAGAUUAUUGCCUCCAAUGGGUUAGCUUUAGCUGUUUUUACAAUGAAUUAUGUGCUGUAUUUUGUUAUGUGGGUUCUUGUGGCUGCAAUUCCCUGUCAAGACCGAGGCCUUCAGGCACAUUUCAAUGUGUUUAAAUUUGCUUGGGCUGGUCCACUCCUCUCCCUCCAUGAGAGGAUUCUUGAUGAGUCAAAGAAGAGGGACCGCAAAAAUGCUUGUGGGUUAUUGAAGGAGAUUCAUGAGAUUGAGAAGUGCACAAGGCAGUUGUAUGAAUUGACCGAUACAGUUCAGUUCCCUUUGUCCGGGGAAAAGGAGGGAGAACUUAAGCAGAGAGUGCAGGAGCUUGGGCUCGUGUUUGAUUCACUGAAGGUUGGCUUGGACCCUUUGGAGCGCCAAGUGAGGGAAGUGUUUCAUAGGAUUGUUCGCUGCAGGACUCACGGUCUUGAUUCCAUUGAACGUGCAAAUCAUCAAUGACACAGGUUCUGAUAGUCAGUUGUGUGAGGGCAACUAUGUGCAAGCAUUAUUAUGUUCUAUGAUUUUUGCCCCUGCUUUUUUCCUCCCUCCCUAGUCCAGAAGUAGAAUGAGAUGGUCAUGUGCCAAAAUAAAGGUUUCUAGGGUAAAGCCUUGUAUUUAUCACCAUGUCUUUGUAAAGAAAUUAGUAGAACAGUUUGGGAUCUAUUGAUCCUUUGGUGUUGUUAUUCCUCGUGUUCUGAUUGUAUAAUCAAAUUAUUGAGUUUGCACCUUUAACUGUCA